ACACUUCGCCAUUGAACGUUCUCAGUAAACCCGAAACAAACACUUAACAUGUCUGGACGCGGAAAAGGUGGCAAAGUCAAGGGAAAGUCAAAGUCUCGUUCGAACAGGGCUGGUCUUCAAUUUCCCGUUGGUCGUAUCCAUCGGCUCCUGAGGAAAGGAAAUUACGCUGAACGCGUUGGCGCCGGUGCACCAGUCUAUUUGGCCGCUGUGAUGGAGUACCUGGCCGCUGAAGUUCUGGAAUUGGCCGGUAACGCGGCACGUGACAACAAGAAGACCAGAAUUAUCCCACGUCACUUACAAUUGGCCAUCCGUAAUGACGAGGAAUUGAACAAGUUACUUUCCGGAGUAACGAUAGCGCAAGGUGGCGUUCUGCCAAACAUUCAAGCAGUACUUUUACCGAAAAAGACAGAAAAGAAAGCUUAAUCCUGAUUUCCAAACUUUAAACGGCCCUUUUCAGG